CCUCGUACAGCACGCGCAUUCUACAGGUGGGGUCACUGUUCCACGGAGGGCGGCACGUCGAUUUUCUUAACUGGCACCGGGGGAAACCGUAAAAAGGAAACCGGGGAGGGAAAGGACGCCCACCACACGACAGUGUGAUUGGAGCAUGACUGGAGGAGUAAGAAUGCUAAUAGCAAUCGCAGCAGCAGCGGCGAAAGUACACGAGCAGCAAUCCAGAAUUCCUGCCAAUAAAACGCCGGGGGCAACGACAGCGGAGCGAGGACAAGGACGCAGGCCGCGCCGCUCCCCCGGCUCCCGGUCCCCGCGCCGCGAUCGAUGGCUCCGGCUCCUCGCGCCGGCCUGCCCGGCCUCGGCACUCGGCUCGGCAGGCCUGCGGCGCUGCCAUGGAGACGCGGCCCCGAGGCCAACUGGCACCGCCCCGGCCUGCGCGCCCCGCCCCGCGCCCGCGCCCCCGCGUCCCGGAGGCCCCGCGCGCGGGGGCCUCCUGGAUGCUUGGAGCAGAAAGAAGGCACUGGUAGUUGGGUGGUUCCCCAGGAUCAGCCCCUUAGCUAACAGAAGAAGCAGGAUUAGGCUCACCAUCUGGAUCACUGAGAGAGACUGGAACAGUGAAACGUACAGCACCAGCUUGGGGAAGAGUUGAAGACAAGCCACAAAAAGAGAACUGAACAGUGCUGGUUCCAAACCCGACGUGUGUCAGAAGAGCCCCCAUGCUGUGCUGAAAGCUGACCCACGCACACAGCUUGGGGCAGCUAGGAGCUGCUGUCUCCUUGUACAAUGUCCUUUCACUCAGGACACUGGACACAUCUUUUGAAGCUAAGCAGUCCAAGCUGUGGUGUCAGCAUCGAGGCAGACACCUGACAAGGGCCCGCCGAGGUGGGCGCCCCAUCUCUGCAAACUCCACACCUAGUAAAGUGCACACAGCUGUUACCUGGGAACACUGCAGCCAGGGCGCCACUCUGACCUGCUGUCUCCAUGUGGUUCUUAGGUGUCUUUUCAGGAUACUCCUCUCAAGUCUCCUUGCAAUACAACUCUCCUAAGGCUGUUGCCUGCAAAUGGCCUGAAUUCCUCAUUUCUGCCUUCAAGUUACACAGGGACUCCUCACACCCAGCGGUGGAGAAACUUGUCCAGCAGUGAAUUUAGUGCAAAGCAGUGGGCAGCAGUCCACACGGCAGGACCGGCUCAGAGAGGCUGCGAGGGCAGGAGCCCAGAAGAGCGCAGGUUGCGGCCAGGGAUGAGUGGCCGCGUCCCGCUGGCAGAGAAAGCCCUGUCUGAAGGCCAUGCCCGGCUCCGGUACAGGGACACCUCCCUGCUCAUCUGGCAGCAGCAGCAGCAGAAGCUGGAAUCCGUGCCACCCGGGACAUAUCUGAGCAGGAGCCGAAGCAUGUGGUACUCACAGUAUGGAAACGAGGCCAUCUUAGUCCGGGACAGAAACAAGCUUGAGGUCUCCCGGGACACGGGCCAGUCCAAGUUUUGCACAAUUAUGUAAUUCCAAGAUGAAAACCAGGGCUCUGAGGAAAACAGGCCUGUGUCUCAUUCCGCUGUUUUGUUGCUAUCUGGGCCUCAGUGGGAUAGUCUGAAUAGUGACCGUGAAGACCAAGCUGUGGCCUAAGAACCCGAGAUCCCAGAAAGGGCCCCCCGCGUCCUGCCUCGCAGCAUCCGUGUGAGGGUCCCGCCUCAGCUUCUGAGCAUAGCAGGCCCGGCCCGGCCCGGGGCACUGCUGGAUGCUGCUUAUCUGUCAAGCUUCCAAAUAAAUCAAGCGAGAGGGACACCCUGGUUACAAACAACCUUUUCAUAUUUCUCUAGGUUGUUUUUGGCAUCCACUCCUGCCUGGUAAGGAAUGGGUCAGAUCUAGAAAAAAGUGAGGAAUCGGCAUCGUGUGUGGUCGGAAGUUCACUGCAGGCGGGGGGGGGGGGGGGGGGGGUGGAUGCAACUGAAACGGGCGGCGGCAGAGGCAGCAGCAUUUCCACGGGAACUUUGCUGCACUUGUAUUUUGAGUCUAGUUCCCAAAGCCACCAUCGUGUGGAAUGAGCGCACUGUGGUAGCUUAUAUGCUAGCUUCCAGGUACUUGAGGCUUGCGGGCAAGUGCAUCCAAGAAACAUUCAGGGAACCAAAAAUUACUUUUAAGUCCCACAUCAGUUGCUUACAGCAAUUUCAGAUUUACCAGGUGGCUGAAGAUGGCAGGUUCUCAACUGACAUUGGAGUCCUGCAGCCUCUGGGCUCCACGACCGGCCCACCCCGCCGUCUGCAGGCUUUUAUGUGUGUUGGUCAUUACUGGGCACAGGCAGCCUUGGCCACCUGUGUACGCAGCAUCUAUGAGUCAUUUUAAAAAGCUCUGCCGUCUGCUGUCAUUAAAGUCUGCGUGGCUAUGCAAAUGUGGAAGUAUCUUUUGUCAAGCUGAUUUUUCUUUUCUAAAUAAACAUCCUUUAGGACUCUC